UCGCUGCGCUCCGCUUUCCGCUUAUUAUGUUUCGGCUGUCCCGGCAUUAGUUUUACCCACGUGUUUCUGCAAUUAAACAAACACAAGUUUUAUAAAUAGCAAUAAUUUAACUAAUUAUCAAUAUAAUUUAUAAUUACUAUAGUGUAUUUAUUCCAGGUUAGACCACGUUUCCAUAACUUGUAAUCACAUAAUUUUUAUUUAAGUCUAACAAUGAAAAUAAAAGAAAAGGGAACGAAAAAAGUCAAGUCGACGAAGAAAAUUAAAAAGAAAUCAGUGAAAAGUAAAAAUCUCAGUGAGGUUACGACUGACGAAUUUUUUGAAGAUGACUUCGAGGUUGACGACGACAAUGAAAAAGAGCCCGUGGAUUCAGACAGCGGGGAAAGUGAACUAGAUCCCAAGGAACAUAAAAAGUCUCUGAAAAAAUUAGAAAACACUGACCCUGAGUUUUUCAAAUUUUUAAAACAAAAUGACAAAAAGUUGUUGGAGUUCGAGUUAUCUGAUGAUGACGUUGAUCAAGACUCUGAUGACGAGGAAGGAGUUCAUGUACCAGAUGACGAUUUAGCUGUAAAUAGUGACGAAAGUGAUUAUGAGGACAAGGAAGUAAUUAAAAAUCAAGCACAAGGUGGCCCCGUCAAGGUAACUUUGAAGUUACUCAAGAAAUGGCAAGAAGAAAUUCAAACAGACAAAUCCAUCAAAACAAUAAAAUGUAUCGUCGAAGCUUUUCAUGCCGCACUUUUGACAGUUGCCGAUCCAGAAGAAUCAAAAAAUGUCGAGUACAAAGUUGACGGGAGUGCUGCAUUCAAUGGAGUCGUACAACUGUGCGUAAUUAAUCUGCCGACUGCAUUCAAAAAAUUUUUGAAAAUUACCACAGACUCGCGAUUUGAAGCCCAUAAAUCAAAACGCUUUGGUAAAAUAAAAGGAAUAUUGAAACAAUAUUUAACUGAUUUACUCCAAAUUUUGGAACAUGUGACAUCAGCAGACAUACAAGUGGUGUUAUUGAAACACUUACAUCAAAUGAUGUCGUUUACGCAAUCCUUUUCCUCGUUAAAUAAACCUCUUUUGCGAAUUUUAUUGAAAUGUUGGUCAACUGGCGAGGAAACUGUACGCAUUGUUGCGUAUUUGAGUAUAAUACAGAUGGCAACAACUCGCAAGGAAUCAAUUCUUGAUAAUCUUUUCAGGACAAUGUAUAUAAAAUAUGUUGAAAAUUCAAAAUUUGUUUCGUCAAAUUCACUGCCAGGAAUUAAUUUUAUGAGACACUCAUUAGCUGAAAUUUAUAUGCUUGAUCAUAAUCUAGCUUAUAAUCAUGCAUUUUUGUAUAUACGCCAACUUGCAAUUCAUUUGAGAAAUGCAUUGACAAUUAAGAAAAAGGAGCAAUUCCAAGCAGUUUAUAAUUGGCAGUACAUUAAUUCAUUGAAAUUUUGGUGUAAAAUAAUAACGUUGUCAAAGAGCCAAUCAAUGUUACGCUCGUUGUUGUAUCCGUUGGUGCAAAUAAUUACUGGAACAAUUAAAUUGAUACCUACCUCACAAUAUUAUCCAUUGAGAUUCCACUGCUGUCAGAUGCUGAUCACUCUGGCUAAAGAAACAGAAACUUUCAUACCCGUUUUACCAUUUUUGUUGGAGGUAUUGAAUUCUUAUGACUUUAAUAAAAAACAUCAGAGGUCACAAAUGAAACCUAUGUCAUUCAUGUGUUUAUUGCGAGUGUCAAAGGCCCAAUUAAAAGAAAAUGGAUUUAAAGAUGCUAUCAUUGAGGAUAUUUAUCAAUUAAUACUUGAAAAUGCGGCCAAUGACAGUCACACUGUAUACUUUCCAGAUUUAUAUGUUCCGUGUAUUAUCCAGUUGAAAUCAUUUUUGAAGAAAUGUAAAGUUGGUAAUUUCUGUAGAAAAAUAAAACAAUUGGCUGAUAAAAUUCAAGAAAACCGUCAGUUUGUCGAAGGCGAACGUAACAAAGUUGUAUUAAAUCUUUGUGAUUUAAAAUCAAUUAAAAACUUUGAGAAUCAAUUGAAAGUACAGCAAUCGCCUUUAUCUAAAUUUUAUGAAAGCUGGUUCAAAAUAAACCAAUCCCAGAAAUUAAAAUUAUUAACCAACAACGAUGAAUUGGGAGAAUACAGAUUACUUGGUCUUAAAUCGCGUAAUAAAAGGCGCAAUGAUGACGGAGAUCACGAUAGUGACUUGGAUAUGCCCGUUGAAGAAAUGAAUGAGCUGUUGGAAAAACAAGCUGAUAAGAAAAAAAUGAAGAAAAGAAAAAACAAAAAAGUUAAAUUAUCCCAUGGUGAUGAUGAAGAUACCACUAGUGUAAAUGAUAUUGUUAAAGAUACUAAACCUGAUGACUGGGAUUGAAUUCAUUUUUUUUUAAAUAAAACUUAUUUUUUAAACCUA